AUGUCGCGUCGCGCGCUCAAUGAGACGACGCCGAACGGCGGGUUCAACUCCGCGACGACGCAGAAGUACAUCGCGUCAAGGCAGUACCACCCGCCUCAGAACGCGGCGCCGCGGAGCAUCAACGCCGAGGAUUUCCGCGAGUACGACCCGCGGGAUGGGAAGGUGUACGCGUGGCAGUUCCGGGACACGUCCAGCAACGUCGUCAUCGGGUCGCCGCUGAAGUACCAGGACGGGAAGAUGCCGGUGUGGCCGUCGUGGGGGGUGUGCAAGACCCCGGCGAUCGUCGCCGCGGAUGGCGAGAAGAACGCGACGGAGGCGGCGGCGAGCGGAGGAGGAGAGGAGAAGGAGAAGGAGGAGAAGAAGGGCGACGACGACGGAGAAACGCUCGAGCUCCCGGCGCCGGCGGCGGAGACGGAGGCGGCGGCGACGCGUCCGAACGACGAGGGCGUGAAGGUGAGUCUGACGUAUCCAAAGUUGGAGAAUCACGCGUGCUGA